AUGAGAACAUCAGAGUCCAGCCUAAAGGAUCGAUACCCAAGGCAAAGGGUGCUUCACAGGGAUGGAACAGACUCGAAGUACUGCAAAGUUGUUAACUUGUUGAAUGCCUUGUACACGCUGUUCAACGCCAUCAUUUCCAACUAUGACGUCUACAAGGAUGAAAGCAUCGACGAUGCCUACAUGUUGGUCUCUUGCCUACUGAUCCGUAAUGGCAGCCGUCAUGCUGGUAUGAUCGCCUCCACUGCAUGGCAUCUCCUGGAGGGCGUUGAUAGUUGAUCAUGCCACACAAA